CACUUUCUUCCAGUCGCAAUGUGUUCCUAUAAAAGUGGGUGUCGUCCAUAUUCUGCCCAGUUUGUGUUCUAACGUCUCCCCAGAAAGAAAUAGUUUAAAAUAGUGCCAGUGAUAGACACUAUUGACUGAAUUACGAUGAAAACGCUAAUUGUGUUCGGUGUAUUUCUCAUUGCUGCUUUGGCUGCUCCUUUGGACGAUUCGAAAACCGCGGAAAUUAUAAAAUAUGACAGUGAAAACAUUGGAAUCAAUGGAUAUCAGUUCGAAUUUGAAACCAGUGAUGGAACGAUUCGACAGGAGCAAGCCGAGCUGCGCAACGCUGGAACAGACACAGAAUCGAUCGUGGUACGGGGCUCAUACUCGUACGUGGGACCAGACGGAACACGAUACGUAAUCACCUACGUUGCGGACGAAAACGGUUUCCAGCCGGAGGGAGCUCACAUACCUAAAAUAUAGUAUCGACCGCGGAAUCGUCGUUCUAGAUCAGUUGAAUUCAAGAAUAGGAUAUAAGAUAGCUUUUCAUAGAGAAUUAAAAAUUAACAUCAGUCGAACACGAAAUCAUGUGCUUAAUAAAAAAAAAUUAAUAGUUGAA